AUGGAUAUUGGCGGCCUCACCACAGUUGUAGCCAACUCGGCGUACAUCUCGGCUCGUGGCAGCUUUGAUGGAUCUGCCAAUGCAAGUGCAAAUCGUGACAAGAAGUACCAUGCCAAGCUUAAACUGCCUCAUAUCACAGUAUGUGAGGGCCUUAGAGAGACACUGGACCUCCAGUUCAACAGUAUCUGUGUCGAACAACCCAUUGGCAAGCGGCUGUUCCAGGAAUACCUUGAGAAAACUAAUGAAUACAAGGGCCCGUGUCGCCUGUGGAAAGACGUGGAGGAGUACGACACAGCUGAGGACAAGGACCGUGUCAGUAAGGCCGCCAAGAUCCUUCAACGUUACAUGGAACCCUCGGCCAAGUACUAUUGCCCAUUUCUUCCUGAAAAUGACAUCACCAAGGUGAAAGAGCGGCAUGCUAACGCUUCGGAUGAUUUAUUUGUUAACAUCCUGACCUGUGUUCUGGACUUUCUCAAGGAGGUUCCAUACACCUUCUACCUGGAGACCAUGUACUUCAAGAGGUUUUUACAGUGGAAGUGGUUGGAAAUGCAACCUAUUGGUGAGGACUGGUUCCUGGACUUCCGUGUGCUCGGCAAGGGCGGCUUCGGAGAGGUGUUUGCCUGCCAGAUGAGGGCCACUGGAAAGAUGUAUGCAUGCAAGAAGCUAAACAAGAAAAGGUUGAAGAAGAGGAAAGGCUAUGAGGGUGCUAUGGUGGAGAAAAGGAUUCUGGCUCGUGUUCACAGUAGAUUCAUUGUUUCCCUGGCCUACGCCUUCCAGACCAAGACAGAACUUUGCCUGGUCAUGACCAUCAUGAAUGGAGGAGACCUGAGGUACCACAUCUAUAAUGUGGAUGAGAAUAAUCCAGGCUUUGAUGAAGCCAGAGCGUGUUAUUAUACUGCUCAGAUUAUUCAGGGCUUGGAGCACCUUCAUCAGAAGAAAAUCAUUUACAGGGACCUAAAGCCGGAGAAUGUUCUUCUAGACAAUGAAGGUAACGUUCGUAUCUCUGACCUUGGUUUGGCCGUGGAGUUAGCAGACGACCAAGAGAAGACGAAGGGUUACGCUGGGACUCCGGGAUUUAUGGCACCUGAACUGUUGAAAGGAGAGGAAUAUGACUACUCUGUAGAUUACUUCACUCUUGGGGUCACUCUCUAUGAGUUUAUUGCUGCCAAAGGCCCCUUCAGGACUCGAGGAGAAAAGGUGGAGAACAAAGAAGUGAAAAAGCGCAUUCUGAAUGACCCUGUAAACUACACAGAGAAGUUCAGUGAAAAUGCUAAGUCCCUGUGUGAAGGUUUGCUAGCCAAAGAGGUGGACAAAAGGCUCGGCUUCAAGAAUGGUACUUGUGAGGAGUUGUGUAGCCACCCGUUCUUUAACAGCAUCAACUGGAGAAAGUUAGAUGCAGGAAUCCUACCACCACCAUUUAUUCCUGAUUCAAAGACCGUGUAUGCCAAAAAUCUGGAUGAUGUAGGCGCAUUCUCCACGGUAAAAGGGGUCAACCUGGAAGACCCAGAUAAAGAGUUUUUCGAUGAGUUUGCCUCCGGAAACAUUUCCAUACCUUGGCAGGAGGAGAUGAUUGAAACAGGGAUUUUUGGGGAGCUCAAUGUUUGGGGUCCUGGUGGAACAUUGCCUAACGACCUGCGACGUGAAUCUAUCCUGGAGCAGCCUCCAAAAUCUUCCACCUGCAGUGUAUCAUAAACAGUUCUACUCAAAGAAAACUUGUAUGACAUUUCAGAAAUGCUCCCAGUUGGGUCGAUAUCAUGGACGCAAAGAGAUUCAGACAUAAUGAAGACAUUUCAUAUCAUCAUUAACAAAAAAAACUACAGUGCACAGUGUGCUAC